CGAAAACAAAAAACGACGUGCACCAAACUUCUCUCCUCUACGUAUUUUUUUACUAAUAGUUUGUUUUGCUCAUUGGUCAUAACGUUUCCCUCGCUGCUAGCUGCUGUACCGUGGUAGCCAAACGUUUUACAUACCUGCGUGCUUACUUUUCUAUUUUUGCAGAAAGCAAAUGAGAGAAUGUUUGGGAAUUUCCUGACACUCCUCGGCGUAAGCGGCGACAGUGAGCCUGACAAACCACAGGCAACGCAGAACACGCCCGAGGACCAGCGACGAGAGAGUGACCGCAGAAGGGACUUAAUUCUCCAGCUUGCGACGUACCUAAGCGCAGUUAAAGUAAAAAGCAGCACACAGAAGCGAAUAGUCGAGUCGGUGCGUCAGGUCUCGGAAGUGGUCAUUUGGAGCGACCGGCGAAAUCCAGAGCUGCUGAGCUAUGUCGUUGAAGUCAACCUGCACCGUGCGCUCCUCCGGCUAUUGCAGGACAGAAGGGGCGGGAAUGCGUCGGUGGCCGUGGCAGUGCAGGUUCUGCAGACGCUGAGCAUUAUCUUGGACGGUAUCACCGAGAGCCGCUUCCUGUACUCGCUCUUUUCCAACAACUUUGUCAACGAGCUAAUAGCUGCGCCGGUGGACCUGGAGAACGACGAGAUUCUGGCCUACUACGUGGCAUUCCUAAAGGCGCUGUCGUUGAAGCUGACGACCGACACUAUACAUUUCUUUUUCAACGAACGGCUGGACGACUUCCCGCUGUAUACCACGGCCAUCUCGCUGUUUGACCACCCGGAUUCGAUGGUGCGUGUGGCCGUGCGAGCCAUCACCCUGAAUGUGUUUCGCAUCAACGACCAGGAUGCACUCGAGUUCAUCCUGAGCGCACCAGCCUGCGCGCAUUUCUGGCAGAUGAUUAUGCGCGCUCUCAAGGACUGCUACGAUGACGCCUUCCGGAUUCUCGUUGACAUGCCAACUGUCACUCCACGCCUGCAGACAGCCCCCAUAGCCACCUCGGUUGUCGACAACAGGAUGUCCGAGAUCCAGGAAUGGGCGGCUGUGGACCAGAUUUUGGAGAACCACAUGGGCCUGCUGUCGUACAUGAACGACAUCUAUGGCUUGGGUGUCGAGCGGAUAAACCAGCGGAUAACGUCCAGAAUUCCUCGACCGCAUAUUGAUACGGACAUUUGUGCACGUCAUUGAGAUUGGGUGGCGGGCAGGGGCCAGUCCUGAGGAAGCCCUGUUUAUGCAAGUGGUGACCCUGUUCCUGUCGCACUUUUUUGCCAUUAUCAAGUACUCGCCGCUGCUUGUCGAUACCAUCAAUGCUCUGUUUGUCGAGCAGGUGGCACACCCGUCUGACGAUAGCAACGCAAUGGGAGGAGGAGGAGGACGCAGAAAUGGAAGAGCCGACGCAUCUUGUGCACCCGUUUACGCCAUCACCCUUUGAAGCAUCCCGUACGCUGAUGCCGUGGAUGUGUGUGGCAUUGGAAAUUUUGCAUAACAAGGCAAUUGGCCCAACAGUCCUGGUUCGGUCGGUUUUGACACCACGCCGGAUGCUACGCACGCGG